GACGACACUCGAAGCCCCGAUUUCCGCUGUGGUAUCUCUGAUUUAUUAAUGUUUUUGUUUGGUCUUCAUUAUGGAUAGUAUAUCAAGAUUGGGAAUCCCUGGAGUUGAUCCAGUUUAGAGCAGACCGACGGGAACUGAGUGCUUCGCAGUGAGUGGGAGUUAGGGCAUCAUAAUUGGAAAAAAUGACUGCCCAGAUGAGUGUGACAGCUGGAAAGGACAGCAAAGACAGGGUCAUCUCGUCGCCCACCCACUCGAAGCUUCGACAGUUCUCCGUCGGUGUCGUCGCGUCAUUCAAUGGACUCAUCUGGGGACUCGUCAUUGGAUAUUCUUCCCCAGCUGUCGACUCCUUCAUCACCGACGGAUUCAUGCCUUUCUAUUUGAGCGAUAGCUUGAAGUCACUAAUUGGUUCCAUUCCAAAUGCCGGAGCAGUGGUUGGCAACGCCAUUUCCGGCCCAGUCACAGCCCGUCUCGGCCGACGCCGGAUAUUCCAACUCGCGAUGCUGCCCCAGAUCCUGGCCUGGGUCCUGCUGGGUUUCUCCCGGAACCCGGCAAUGGCACUCACAGCCCGGGUAAUCCAAGGCGCGCUCGCGGAUUUCUGGGGCCCCGUUGCCCAGUUAUACGCUGCAGAAAUCGCGCACCCGGACCUUCGCGACUCCAUAGGUGCUCUCACCAUGUUCGAACUCGCCACAGGCAUGUUCCUGGGUUACGCCAUCGGCGGGUGCUUGCGCUGGGAUCACAUGGCAUUCCUGGUAGCUGGGUUCCUCACGUUGCUCUGGCCACUCACAUUCCUUCUCCCCGAGUCCCCAGUGUACUUGUUGUCCAAGGAUCGAGUCGACGAGGCACGAGUUGCUCUGCAAUGGCUCCGAGGCCCCGGGUACAACUCUGAUGAAGAGUUGGAAACUCUGCGUCUGAACCAAUCCGCGAAUCAUAAGGCGGAUCAAUUCUCGUCAGAUGAUAAGAAAAAGACGUCGUUCAAGGACCUUUUCACGCCGGCCACGAUGAAACCGUUGAUGCUCGUCCUGUUGCUUCUCACACUGCGUCAAUGGACAGGGCCUUACGCCGUUUACACCUUCGUCGUCGAGAUCUUUCAACUCUCCGGAAGCUCGGCUAACCCGCACGCGUCUUCGAUGAUCGUCGGCGCCAUGACGUUAGUGUUUCAAUUCCUGGCUGUGGGUGCAGUGCGACGUUUCGGCAAGAAGCGACUGGGCGUGAUGUCUGCGGCGUUUUUGUUCGCCGGGCAUUUCGGCGUCGGAUUCUAUUUCUACUUGGUGGAGAGCGGGGCCGGAGUGAGCGGAGGGCUCAAUUACCUUCCGCUGAUCUCGAUGUGCGUGACGCUCAUGGGAUUCAACUUGGGACUCUGCUCGUUCCCGUUCGUGCUCAUGGGGGAACUCUUGCCGGAAAAGAUCAGGGACACUGCGGCAGGACUGUGCUUCUCGUGGAAUUGCAUCAUGGCUUUCAUCGUGGUGGAGACGUUUUACCCCAUGACCAGGGGGAUUCGGAUCUCGGGCACGUUCGGGGUUUACUGCGUCGUUUCGCUCAUCACUGCGCUCGUGAUCAUCUUCUGCGCGCCGAACACGCAGGGCAAGUCCCUCGCCGAACUCCAGAAUAGUUUCGAUGCUGGGCCUCCGAAGAAGAACGCCGUGUAUCCCGAAGAUUCUUUCAAGAAUAUCGUCAUAGUCGUGACCAAUAAUGCCGUGAACAAAUCCAAAGAAGCUGCGAAGUCCGCGGAGAAAGAAUCAAACGACCACAACUUGGUUAAUGUUGCCGGAUGACAUUUUCAUCGCAGUAUACGUACUGUACUGUGUUUCAAGUGUGCUCCCGGGUUUAAGAAUGGAAUUGAAGCACUAUGAAGGAGUCGAAGAGCAAUUUGGAAUAAACCUCCAUUUGAAGAUGAUAA